CCAAAAACUUCCUCUUUUUUCGUUAUUCAAGAAAUAAAUGAGAGAAAUCCUUUUAUUUGACCGUUUAUCGCUUCAUUUCAGGAAGUGACGGUCAACAUUGACUAAACCUUUAGUCAAUAACUUUUGAGCGACACUGGUGAUUAAAACCGAAUAGAUAGCAAUCCAAAUUUUUCCAAGUGGGAAAAUCUAGGCCUGAUAGACAUGUUGGCUUGGUAUCAUGUCCAUCUAGGGUAAAGGAAAAUGUGUAUAGCUCCUAUAGGAACUAUAACUUCGGGCGCACUUUACGACUUCUGACACUUUCGGGUAAGAGGUUUGGAACAUUCGGGGGAAUUCGUGCGUCGCCCUAAAUGCGCCCAAAGUAAAAUUAUAGGGUUUUUGCCCGAAUGUCACAAAGUGCUCCCCAAGUAAAUGCUAGCUGGUUCCCUCCAAUCUCAAGGUUUAUAAAACUCACUGUGAAUAAUUUCGUUGGUAGGCGAAAACCAUAUGAAUUCGGUACGCGUUUGGUUCCUCUGUUACAUCACUACUGUACGAAUACUGAGGCAGCUACAAGCAAGAUUGAAAAAGAAACAGUUGCCAAUCGAGAAAAUGAUAUUCGUAGAAAUUACAGAGGCAAACCAUACAGACCAGUCGAUUUAGCAACAAGCUUACAGUAUUUGAAUUCUGAUGUGUUUAGAAAUAUAUACAAGGGGAGACCUGUAUGGUUUUACUACAGGCGUAACCACAGAGGACAUAUGGCUCCACGCUUGACAAGAAAAAAUUGCUUCCAUAAUGGAAAAUUGAUCAGCUCGAAUCCAUGCCCUAUUUGUCGUGAUGAGUAUUUGGUUCUUCAUCAUCAACACAUUGAACUUCUCAAGCAUUUUUUAAAUCCGGACACACUGCAAAUUAUCCCACCUUCAGAUACUGGUCUGUGUAGGCAUCAGCAUAAAAUUCUACAAAUGGAAGUUGAAAAAGCACGUGACUUGGGUACAAUUCAAGUGUGUUUGCCUUUCUAUUUAUAUAACUAUAAUGAUUAUUACGAUUACUUACCAACGGAUCAAUUGAAUGAAUUACUUAAACUUAAUGGUCAGCAUGUGGAUAUCUCUUCAUUCGACUUGACCUGUCUACCACCUGAUAUCCAAGAUUUCCUGAAAGCUAAUCAGUCUAUUCCACAUGCAGUAGAAUUCACUGUUAACUUACCAAAAGUUGAUAUUGUCCAACCGAAAUUAAUGGAUCGUUAUAAAAUGGAGGAAGAUUAUAAAGCAUUACUUUUACGAAGGAAACGUUCUCGUUCAUUUAUUAUCAACUGAAAUAUUUGUUCACACUUCAGUGUAAAAAUUGACACGUGCAUGUGUGUGUGUGUGUACAUACAGUGGACUACUAAAGAUAAAUAAAUAUAUAAAAAAACGUUUUGUCUUUUAAUUACUGUUUGUUAUUCUGUUAUCAUUUUGAUUUGUUUGUAAUUGUUCGCUAUUCGUCAUCAACCACAUCACAAAGAUAUUUUUAGUUCUAAUAAAGUAAUAAGUUAUUUAUGAUCAAUUUACCAGUUAAACACCUGUCACAUAAUAUGACUUUUUGAGUAUUGACAUAGAACGUAAGCUGUUGAACUCAUUCACUG